AUGCGGCUGCCCUUCCUCGACUCGCAGACGGGAGUGGCCCAGAGCAACUGCUACAUCUGGAUGGAGAAGAACCACCGCGGGCCAGGUCACGCUCCAGGUCAGUUGUAUACAUAUCCCGCUCGCUGUUGGCGCAAGAAGAGGCGGUUAAACAUCUUGGAGGAUCCUCGACUCGUACCCAUUGAGUUCAAAAUUGAUUACGAGGCAUCUCUGAAGAAGGAGGGGGGUCUCCCAGAUGGCCCCGUGCUGGAGUCUCUGCUGUCGGGAGAAGCCCUCGACAAAAAGAAGCUGCUGGUCGGAGAUUUCCCUCACGAGUUGGAGACAGACGAACUGGAGGAAGACGUCCCAAAGCGAAAGAACCGCACCAAAGCACGAGCCUACGGCGUCGGAGGAAUGAGAAAGAGACAAGAGCCAUCCGCCAUCGAGGACAGAGACAAGCCUUACGUCUGCGACAUCUGUGGAAAGCGCUACAAGAACCGCCCGGGGCUGAGUUACCACUACACUCACACGCACCUGGCGGACGAGGAGGGCGAGGAGGAGUCCGAGAGACACACACUCCCCUUUCAGCGCAAGAACAACCACAAACGACGUCCCAGCGGAGGAGAGGGGUUUUAG